UGUACCGCAGCUCAUAAAUAGCCGAGGAGAAGCGGGCUUGGGACCGCUCCGAUCUCCCUGCCGCCUGCUCCCCGUGGCGCUUCAUCCGCAGGGUCCGUCUCUGGGCUGACGCCGGAGCCAUGCAGUGACUGAAGAGAUCCGGAGGAGAGAUCGACCCAGGGACCCCUCCCCUUGGCCUCGCUCCUGCCAGCUGCGAUCGGGCGACCCAGCAGGCUGCCUCAGCAGGCAAGGUUACCCUCAGCUUCGGGGCAAGAUGCAGCGGCAUCCUGGUCUCCUGUUUGUCUGCUUGAUCUUUUGCGCUGCUCUCUCAGAGACGUUUGGGCUGGUUUUAUCCGUAAGCAAUGCUAAAGAGAAAAGAGGAUGGACUAUGAAUAGUGCUGGUUAUCUGCUUGGCCCACGUCGUAUUGAACAGCUCCUCAAGGAAAUGCCCAGUGCAAGGGGGAGAGAAGAGCCACCUGGGGAAUAUGCAAUAAACAGAGUUUUUAGUGACAAACAUGGUUUAGCUGGUAAACGUGACAUACAUCUCGAAGAAAAUAUAAAAGCAGAUGCUUCUACAAGACUGCUGACGUAUAACAAUAUUAUUCGUACAAUAAUUGAAUUCUUGGCCUAUUUACAUCUUAAAGAAGCUGGGGCUCUUGACAACAUAGCUACAACAGUUUCUUCAGAAGAAAGAGAUCAGUCCUGAAAGAGAAUGCAUUUAUACUCUGAAUUAAUUGAAUCUGAACAUUGAACAAAAUAAGACAUUUAUUGUUUACAAUGCCCUUACACUACAACUGAUUGUCAAGUUCUUUUCUCCCCAGUGAUGUUAUAUUAUAAGAUUUAUCCUGAAUAAAAAAUGAUUACUUUGGAUAAGUUACAAAAUAAUAAUAAUAAAAAAAAU